AUGGACGAGCCGAGCGCGAAGCGGGUGAAGCCCGAUGCGAGCGAAAGCCGCUACCGCAGCCAGCUGUACGGAGCCGCGAGCGAGUUGGCCUCUCGACGCAAUGCCAAGACAGCGACCCGGCAGGAGCUCUGCGUCGAGUGCGACACUUGCCCUGUGACGACGCCUCUCUCGAGUCUCGGUCUCGCCAAGGCGCCCACACAGUGGCGCUGGCGAUGCAAUGACUGCGUAGUCGGCUGGAACCAUCUGAAGCGUCCGUACGUCCCGCCGAUGCUGCCGCAGGGCGAUGAACCCGAAGAGUAA